AUGCUACUCCUCCUUCGAAACCUCCUCGCAACACUUAGAGGAGAUUUUGUGGAGUCGGGAACGUUUAAAAUACGCGAACCAAACGGCAUUCAACUAUCGUCAUCUGAAGAACAAAGUGAUUCCAAUGAAACUGAUGAACACCAAUCAAUUCCACCUAGUAGAGGAGGUAAUAAUGAUGAUGAUGAUCAAGGAAUAUCGACUUCUAGAGGAAGUAAAGAUGAUGAUGAUCAAGGAAUUUCAGCUGCUGAAGGAGGUAAUCAUGAUGAGGAUGAUGACGAGGAUGAUGAUGGGAUUCAUGAUGAUAGAGAUGAUAGAGAAGGUGAAGGUCUUGAGAAAAUAACGAAGAAGAUGAAGUUCUUGAAGAAGGUAACGGUCUAG